AAGCUGGACGAAAACGACCCGGUAGUCACCACGACGUACGGCCGACUCCGCGGCGUCAAGAAAGAACUCAACAACGAGAUUCUGGGCCCCGUGGUGCAGUUUUUGGGAGUCCCUUAUGCGGCGCCCCCAACCGGCGAGCGAAGAUUCCAACCGCCGGAACCUCCUAUAUCGUGGCCGGAGAUCCGCAACGCCACCCACUUCGCCCCGGUGUGCCCGCAAAGCAUCGUGGAGGGCCGACUACCAGACGUGAUGCUGCCCGUGUGGUUCACCAAUAGCAUGGAUGUCGUGUCCAGCUACGUCCAAGAUCAGAGCGAGGAUUGCCUAUAUUUGAACAUCUAUGUACCCACGGAAGAUGGUCCCCUUACAAAGAAACACUCAGACGAUAGUGAUUCUAGUGACCGCACUGACGAUGAAGACAUCAGGGAGAGCGGAAGCCCCAAGCCCGUUAUGGUCUUCAUCCACGGGGGAUCGUACAUGGAAGGCACCGGGAACAUGUUCGAUGGAAGUAUCCUGGCUAGCUACGGCAACGUCAUCGUCAUCACCGUCAACUACAGACUCGGCGUUCUAGGGUUCCUGAGCACCGGGGACCAGUCGGCCAAAGGGAACUACGGCCUCCUGGACCUGAUCCAGGCUCUGCGCUGGACCAGUGAGAACAUCGCAGCGUUUGGAGGAGACCCGCUCAGGAUCACAGUGUUCGGGUCUGGAGCCGGCGCCUCCUGUGUCAACCUGCUCACCCUGUCCCACUAUUCUGAGGGUCUGUUCCAGCGUGCCAUCGCUCAGAGCGGCACGGCCCUCUCCAGCUGGGCGGUGAGCUUCCAGCCGGCUAAAUACGCACGGAUGCUCGCCCGGAAGGUGGGCUGUAACCUAGAGGACACGUUGGAGCUGGUGGCCUGCCUGCAGAAGAAGCACUACAAGGAGCUGGUGGAUCAGGACAUCCAGCCCGCGCGCUACCACAUCGCCUUUGGACCCGUCAUCGAUGGAGACGUGAUCCCAGACGACCCCCAGAUACUCAUGGAACAAGGUGAAUUCCUCAACUAUGACAUCAUGCUGGGGGUGAACCAGGGCGAGGGGCUGAAGUUCGUGGAGCUCAUCGUGGACAAUGAGAACGGCGUCCAGGCCAACGACUUUGACUACGCCGUGUCCAGUUUCGUGGACGAUCUGUACGGGUAUCCGGAGGGCAAAGACAUUCUCCGCGAGACCAUCAAGUUCAUGUACACGGACUGGGCGGACAGACACAACCCCGAGACCAGGCGAAAGACCCUCCUGGCUCUGUUCACGGACCAUCAGUGGGUGGCUCCUGCUGUGGCCACUGCAGAUCUACACUCCAGCUUCGGCUCGCCCACGUACUUCUACGCCUUUUACCACCACUGUCAGACGGAGCAGGUUCCUCCUUGGGCCGACGCGGCACAUGGCGACGAGAUCCCCUACGUGUUCGGCCUGCCCAUGAUCGGACCCACGGAGCUGUUCCCCUGUAACUUCUCCAAGAACGAUGUCAUGCUCAGCGCUGUGGUCAUGACCUACUGGACCAACUUCGCCAAGACUGGUGACCCAAACCAGCCGGUGCCCCAGGACACGAAGUUCAUCCACACCAAACCCAACCGCUUUGAGGAGGUGGCCUGGACCCGCUACAACCAGAAGGACCAGCUGUACCUGCACAUCGGACUCAAGCCCCGCGUCAAGGAGCACUACAGGGCCAACAAGGUGAACCUGUGGCUGGAGCUGGUCCCACAUCUGCACAGUCUGAACGAGGUCACGCAGCUCAUCCCCACCACCACCAAGGUCCCUCCGCCCGAGACCACCAACCGCAGCCCCAAGCCCAAACUCCAGGCCCCCAAGCGCGCCAACCCGACCCCCUUCCCCACGGAGACCCAGGGCAGCCACAACCAGCCCCACCUGGUCGACCAGCGCGACUACUCCACCGAGCUGUCCGUCACCAUCGCGGUGGGCGCCUCCCUCCUCUUCCUCAACAUCCUCGCCUUCGCCGCGCUCUACUACAAGAAGGACAAGAGGCGGCACGACGUCCACCGGCGCUGCAGCCCUCAGAGGAACGCCGCCAACGACCUCGCCCACACCCAGGAGGAGGAGAUCAUGUCCCUGCAGAUGAAGCAACACUCGGAGCUGGAGAGGGACUGCCGCGGGGACUCCCUGCACCCUCACGACGUGGUGCUGAGGACUGCCUGCCCGCCGGACUACACCCUGGCCAUGAGGAGGUCCCCGGAUGACAUACCGCUAAUGACGCCCAACACCAUCACCAUGAUCCCGAGCAGCAUGGGCGGGCUGACGUCGCUGCACUCCUACAACACCUACCCGAGCAGCGGGCAGAACAACACGUUGCCCCACGCGCACCCGCACUCACACUCCACCACCCGGGUAUAG